CGCCCGGAUACAACAUACUUGACCUUAGACAUGAGGUCUGAAUUCCAGUCUACUCACGUUAAUUGAUGUCUGAAUCUAGAGUCCAGGUUAUUAGCCCGGUUAAAAGCUUUUUAGCUGGUGGGUUCGGUGGAGCAUGUUGCAUUGCAAUUGGUCACCCUUUCGACACAAUAAAGUUCUAAUUUAAUAUACACAUUAAUUUUGUCGUCCCCAUGUUAGCUAAAAUUAUUACAGAUUUAGCAUUUCUAUCUUUCUAAAAACGGAUGUAUGGCUCGUAGUACAUUUGUAUCAGUCCUAUUAUUCUUUAUUUAGUAGUCAGAGAUAGGUAUUAUUUGAAAAGUAUAUCUAAUACUCAGAUUACUAAAUAUUUAUUUCCACCUCACUCCUGCAAACGCAUUUUUUCACAGCUUGUGAUUGUCGUGGUUUCGUUUCUAUACCUGUUUUACCUACCAUAGUUCUUGUUAAUCAUAUGUUUUAUCACUUCUCAGUACUCAGGUAACCAUUACUUUGGCGUUCGAUGGUCUGUGGUAUAUUUUUAUGUGAAGCACUCCUAGGUAGUGCUCAUUGAUUUCAACUUUCCUAAAUCAUAAUGCGACCACAAUAGUUGUUUGAUUCAUUUACACUAUCGCUUUACAGUCUAUUAAAUUUACUCGUCGCAGCGUAGAAAUUCGUAUUUUUAAAAUACCAGUAUAUUUGUUAAAGAUAUCGUACAUACAAGAGGAAUUCUUAUGCUUAGUAUAGUUCUAAAAAGAUGCUUACAAUACGAAUAGAUUCUUAGUCGUUCCAGUUGCGUUCUUUAUAAGAUUGUCCUAUGAAAUCUAGAUUAUAAGCUCUGAGGUGAUUCGUUAUUUCAGAGGCUUUGACAUCAAGCCUAGACCGUUCAAAAGUUUUCUCUUAAACGUCUGAACUUCCUUUUUACGUUAAAAUAUCCAAAUUACUGACAAUUAACCGGAUCGCGCAACCUGAGUAUUCUGUCUAGCUGAUGGUGUUCUGUUUGUUAUUUGAUUUCAUAUUGUUUCCUAUAUUUCACUAACUUUCCACCACCUGUUUUCCGGCGGUUUUUUAAUCCCGGAGAAGUAUAUUACCAUAAUCAGUCAUAGUGUUCAUUCGAGCGAACCUAUUUAAAAUAUGGUUUUUUGUAUAGGAAUUCAUAAUUAGUAGAAAUCUUAUAGAUGCUAUUCUGCCUGUAAGUUAUCAAGUUGUUUUCUUAGGUUCGACUUCAAACAAUGCCUCACGUAACAUCAGGAACAGCGCCUAUGUAUUAUGGGACUUUUGACUGUGUCAAGAAAACUGUAGCGGCUGAUGGUAUCUUUGGACUUUAUAAGGGGAUGGGGGCACCCAUAGCCGGAGUGGCUCCUGUAUUCGCCAUUUGCUUUUUUGGGUACAAUUUAGGUAAGCAGCUUUUUGCCAAGGAUCCAAUGGAUUUAAGGAAACAUGAAAUUUUGUUUGCGGGAAUGUUCUCUGGCAUUUUUUCAACUGCAAUCUUGGCUCCAGGAGAGCGUAUAAAAUGCCUAUUACAAGUUCAGUCGAAUGCAAUUGGACCUUUGAAGUAUAGUGGACCGGUUGAUGUUCUUCGUCAGUUGUAUCGCGAAGGUGGGAUUCGAAGCAUUUUCAAGGGAACAGCUGCAACACUUCUGCGAGAUGUCCCUGCAUCUGGAGUGUAUUUUCUGAGUUAUGAAUUAAUGAAAGAUGCAUUAAGGAAUCCACACUCAAAGAAUAAUGAAUUGAGUGUUGGUAAAACUCUCUUUGCCGGUGGUAUGGCAGGUAUCUUCAACUGGCUAGUAGCUAUUCCUCCCGAUGUUUUAAAAUCUCGUCUACAGAGUGCUUCUGAGGGUGUUUAUCCCAAUGGAAUUCGGUCGGUAUUCUCUGAACUUAUUGCAAAAGAAGGCUUUUUGGGAUUGUAUCGGGGUAUGACUCCGGUGAUGCUUCGAGCAUUUCCUGCAAAUGCUGUAAGCUUUGAUUGUAUUAUCAACUGAAACGUAAUAUCUUGUUUUUAUAAGUGGUUUAUAUUUUACCUUUAAAAUUAAUAAUUAUUUAGUGUCGUUUGGAUUCUCAUAUAUCAUCUCUUCUACCACUAAGAUGUAAACAGACAAGUUUUCUGGAACUCGAACUGUACUCGCUAUGACCUGUUAAAAAUGUAAAUUGGAACUUCAUUUAAUAGUUGUUUAUCACUAGUUGAGGAUCGCUUCUAUAAAUGGCGAAAUCCAGGAAAGAAUUUACAUCAUUUACUUCCCAACGAUCAUCGGUUAUAUCCGUAUCUGGAAAGUGCAUUGAUUUUGUUCUAUUUACGCUACUUUCACCAAAAGACUAAGAUAAAACAAGUUUUCAAGUGUACAAAGGGAAAAUAUUGUCGCUCUUCACUAGUCACUUUCUUGUAUCUCGAGAUAUUCAUUGCUAGUCAAAAUAAUCUUGAUGCUGACACAUUGGUUGUUUAUAACUCUAACACCGAUCAAUUGUUGUGUCAUUUUACAUAAGCACGACAAUAGUCUAGUUGAUGGGGAAACUCUGAACAACAAAUCUCAUAUGUAAGUUCAUUUUAGAAGUAUGUAGAUGCCUCAGAUUUAUUUCCGAACAGUUCAUCCCAAGGCGUUUUGUUUAUUAUAUUUUCAUAACAUAACAUCCAGCUGACUAGUACCGAAUAGAACAAAAUACGCGUCUAAGACUCAACUACUAGCCUCAAUCCUUCUAUUUAAAAUAAGUGUGCUUAGAUUGGUAUGAUUUGCACAUUCAGUCAACACUACUAAAAAUGAGAUUAUUGAAAAAUUCAGUUUAUCACUACAAACAGUUGUAAUUGUGAUAUUUUGUUUUACUUAUUCUGUUCUGUGAGCUCUAAGUUAUUAUAUCUCAAUUUGUCGCGAUUUCUACCUUUUCAGGCAUGCUUUCUCGGUUACGAAGUU